CCUCAAUGCCAAAUCCUCUCGGAAGCAAUCUUUCGGGGCGGAAGUUAAGAAGCCCCGAGAGGAAGGCGGCGACGGAAGUUGUCGCAUUUCUGCUUGUUUGUGCGCUUGCGCCAUUCUUUUUGCUGCCGGCCGACAGGCGCUGCCUUUCCUCCUCUCUACUUUUCUCCACGCGAGGGGGUGUGCGUCCCGUCCUGCUGCUCUCGUGGCCCCCUCGAGAUGGCGGGUAUCCUCUUUGAGGAUAUUUUCGAUGUGAAGGAUAUUGACCCGGAGGGCAAGAAAUUUGACCGAGUGUCUCGACUACAUUGUGAGAGUGAAUCUUUCAAGAUGGAUCUCAUCUUAGAUGUAAAUAUUCAGAUUUACCCUGUAGACCUGGGUGACAAGUUCCGGUUGGUCAUAGCUAGUACCUUGUAUGAAGAUGGUACCCUUGAUGAUGGUGAAUACAACCCCACUGAUGAUAGACCUUCCAGGGCUGACCAAUUUGAGUAUGUGAUGUAUGGGAAAGUAUACAGGAUCGAGGGAGACGAAACUUCUACUGAAGCAGCAACACGUCUCUCUGCCUACGUGUCCUAUGGGGGCCUGCUCAUGAGGCUGCAAGGGGAUGCCAACAACCUGCAUGGCUUUGAGGUGGAUUCCAGAGUUUAUCUGCUGAUGAAGAAACUGGCCUUCUGAACCUUGCCGAAAGCCAGCCUGGCUGCCUAAUCACUCAGGUCAUGGACAUUGUUCAAGCCUGAGUAGCAGUUGAUAUUGUUCACCUGUUGAGGGUCUGGCUCUUUGUCCAAUGUGAGUGCAUCUUUAACCAGCCUGGACUCAAAGGGAAACUGACUUGCCUAUGAAAGACCCAGUGGGAAAAGUUAAAAUGCAUAAGAAAUUAUUUUUUGUAUAUGAUUUUUAAAUUAAACUUUACUUUUUCAGACUGUUUUCCCCCUUUUAAAAAAAGUCAUUUACGUUAAAAACUAUUUUUUCCAAUU